AUGGCCUCCACCGAGGAUCACAAACAGGCCUUGGUGUCGAGUUGCUUCACUACGCAGAAGGGCUUUCAGAAGCGAUCGCGGCGGCAAGGUCCGGCAUUGAAUCUCUUCGACACCCAGUGGAAGGCCAUCAACGAAGAUACUAACUAUGCAGUCGGAUCAGAUAUCCAGCUUCAGGAAGCUCUCAACCAAGGAGUUGUCAGUGUGAUUCUUCGCCACUCGACCCCUCGUCCAGUCCGAGCAAAGAUUGCCGACUUGCUGAAUGCCAAACGGGAGUUCAUGUGGACUCUGGAUGAAGAUGGUACCGUGGACACUGGAAACUCGAUCGAAAACACUGACUACUGCUCUCACUUCGAAUGGCUGAGCAAGGGCAUGGACGCAGAACAGGUCAACUGCUUGGUCCGAACGCACUUGGGCAUCAAAGACAGCAAGCGCAUUCUGGGCUGA